AUGACUAAAUCUCCUCAAAAUAUUGGUAUUAAAGGUAUUGAAGUUUAUAUUCCAAGUCAAGCAGUUAAUCAAACAGAAUUAGAAAAAUUUGAUGGUAUACCACAGGGUAAAUAUACUAUUGGUUUAGGACAAACUAAUAUGUCAUUUGUAAAUGAUAGAGAAGAUAUUUAUUCAUUAUCUUUAACUGUCUUGUCAAAAUUAAUUAAAAAUUAUAAUAUAAAUGUUGAAAAUAUUGGUAGAUUAGAAGUUGGUACAGAAACUUUAUUAGAUAAAUCAAAAUCUGUUAAAUCAGUUUUAAUGCAAUUAUUUGGUGAUAAUAAUGAUAUUGAAGGUAUUGAUACUGUUAAUGCUUGUUAUGGUGGUACUUCAUCAAUUAUAAAUGCUAUAAAUUGGAUUGAAAGUUCAAGUUGGGAUGGUAGAGAUGCUAUUGUUAUUGCUGGUGAUAUUGCUAUAUAUGAUAAAGGUGCAGCAAGACCAACUGGUGGUUGUGGAGCUAUUGCUAUGUUAAUUGGUCCAGACGCUCCAAUUGUAUUUGAUUCAAUGAGAGGAUCAUUUAUGGAACAUGCUUAUGAUUUUUAUAAACCAGAUUUUACAAGUGAAUAUCCAGUUGUUGAUGGUCAUUUUUCAUUAAGUUGUUAUAUAAAAGCAAUUGAUAAUUGUUAUAAAAAUUAUUCAAAAAAAUAUACUGGUGAUAAAACCAAAACAGUUGGUUUAUAUAAUCAUUUUGAUUUUAAUUCAUUUCAUGUACCAACUUGUAAAUUAGUUACUAAAAGUUAUGCAAGAUUAUUAUAUAAUGAUUAUUUAUCACAACCUGAAAAAUUUAAUGAAUUAAUUGAUGAAACUACAAAAAAACAUAUAGAUGGUUUAUCAUAUGAUGAAUCAUUAACUGAUAAAAUUUUAGAAAAAACAUUUGUAACAUUAGCUAAAACAGAAUCAAAAAAAAGAGUUGAUCCAGCAUUAAAAGUUCCAACAAAUACUGGAAAUAUGUAUACAGCAUCAGCUUGGGUUUCAUUAUCAUCAUUAUUAUAUUAUGUUGGAUCAGAAAAUUUACAAAAUAAAAGAAUUGGAAUUUUUUCUUAUGGUUCAGGAUUAGCAUCAACUUUAUUAUCAGUUAUUAUAAAAGGUGAUAUAUCAUAUAUUACAAAAGUAUUAAAUUUUGAUUUUAAAUUAAAUGAUGGAAGAAAAAUUUUAAAACCUGAAGAAUAUAUAAAAGCUAUAGAAUUAAGAGAAAAUGCUCAUUUAAAAAAAUCUUUUAAACCUAUUGGUAGUAUUGAAAAUUUAGAAAUUGGUACUUAUUAUUUAACUGAAAUUGAUGAUAAAUUUAGAAGAAAAUAUGCUAUAAAAGAGUAA